UCUUCUCAGUUUCCAUGUUCAACAUGUAAUUCGCCCCUGGGCCCUGGCUAUGUACAGUUUGUUUAGACACCCCAGUGAGCGCUCUGUGGACAGUAGAAGUGCUUAAAAUGAGUAGGGCCUUGGUCACAAUUUUUUCAGAAUCUGAGAGUGGAAUACUUACACCCUGGUCUCUGACAUGUAGUCUCAGCAGUCCCAUUACAAGACAGAAUGUUGAACGAACUUCAUUUCAAAUUAGUUUACACCUGUUGUCCGCCGAUUUUUGUCCCUAUGUCGGAGGUAAUCUGAUACAAAAUGUCAGUGUUAUCAACCCGAACUAAGGUAUUCUUGUCUAUAUCUGGUUUUAAUUUUCAAUACUGAUGCAAUUCGCACAUGACAAAACACUCGCAAUAUAUAGCCAAGCCUUUACUGAAUAGCAAACACGUCCAGCUAAUUGCGAGGAGAAAAGUGCUUCAGUACGCUAUAAUCGGUUAGUGUGUUGCGCAUCACAUGCAACACUUCAACAGAUUGAAAAUAUGAGCGACAGAGGCUAGCGCCGCCGAAAAAAACUCGGCUAAACAACACUUUCCUGUGGGUACCCUAUAUCCACCAAAAGGACCAGUAGCAUGUACAAUAGUGAUCGGCCAUUCGCAAUAACUUUUUGAACGGAUUUGUUUAGUGAUGGUCGUUAAUAGGGGUGAAACGGUUACGGUUCACGGUUUUAGUAUUACGGUAGUAGUGUUACCGUUUUUAAUUAUCAUUAAAACCGUGUUUGAUUACCGUGUUUUGAAAAACUCAACCAAAGUUAGCAACAGUCUGAAGCAGGCGUAGGGUUUGUGGGUUUUGUUAUGUGUAGAAACAUUGCGGAAGGCAAUGCUCGGGAGAUUUAUCUGCCUUCUAAGAGGACCAAAUCUGAAGUGUGGUCGUACUUUGGGUUUUACAAGAGUGCUGAGGGAAACCUAAUCGAAGAUGGUCACACUUUCUGCAGAAUCUGCAACAACAAAAAAUCGCUGUGAAAGGGGGCAACACUUAAAGUCUCUUGAGUCAUCUUCGUGACCACCACCCGCUACUUUAAACUGAAUGCAAGGAGUGGAUUUCAAAAUGAGAACAUUACAAGUAGAUGGCAUUAAAGUACGAGUGCAGAUAUGGGAUACUGCUGGCCAGGAACGAUACCAGACCAUCACCAAACAGUACUACAGACGGGCUCAGGGAAUUCUCCUGGUGUAUGACAUCACAAGUUCCAGCUCCUUUCAGCACAUUUUGAAGUGGGCUAGUGAUGUGGAUGAGUUCGCCCCUGACAAGGUGCAGAGGGUCCUGGUGGGGAACAAGGCUGAUGAGGAGCAGAUGAGGAAAGUUCCUAAAGAACAAGGAAGCAAGCUAGCAAAAACCUAUGGAAUGGAAUUCUUUGAGACAAGUGCCUGCACCAACUGCAACAUAAAUGAGUCAUUCAUCCGGUUGACACAGCUGGUUCUGCAGGCUCACAAGAAAGAGAUGAAUGCGUUCCAGGGUUCCACUAAUUUAUACCUAGACAUGACUUCUCUGUGGGGAGAGCAGGACAAAAAGGACAGUGACGCAAACUCCCCGAAGCCCUGCACAUGUUAGCAGAAGGGCAAAGCUCUCAACCUGGGGGUGCUUGGUUAGAAGAAUGCCCCUUUCCCUGGGACAUAAUGGACAUUGGAUUGAGUAACUUAUGAAAUGUGAGGGUAUGUUCUAUGCUUACUGAAUAUUGCCCUUGCUCAGAUGAAUGCAUUAUCACUUUUUGGCCUACUCACUGUUUUCAUCUUCAUUCAUAAUUUCAUAGUUACUUGGCUUUUUCAUGUUUAUUACCCUAUUCUGCAACACCUAAACUGAUGGCGUGCUGAGUUAAGUAGUCCACAUGUAAUAAGAACAUUUGCCAGCUGAGGGAAUGUUGUCUGCAAUACUCUGAAAGCUGCAACUCAGUUACUGGGUAUACUUAAGCCUUCUCCUGUAUAAUUUGUGUUGCCAAAAUGUUAUUUUUCAUAUCACAAAUGACUUUGCUGUCUACUUGAAAUAACAAAAACUACUUAAAGUAAUUUGCAAAAAAUAUGAAUUUUUGGACUAUAGUGAAAGACAAUCUGAGGCUCUUGAGUGGUCCUUUUAUGAGGACAGGGGAGACGGGGUGGGCAGAGGGCAAGGCUAAAUUAUUAAUACACAGAAAUAGAAUAGAAUCCAAGCUAUCUGGAAGGGAUAAUUUACCUAUGGAAGACUAACCCUUUACUCAGACAAGCAUUAACGCAAAAACUCAAUCUAAAACUGAAAAUGUUCAAGUCGAUCUUUGAGUAUGUUGUGUGAAUUUCACUGCUAAUAAAUACUAAGUGUUUUUCCAGGUUGAAAACCUGUAGUAAAUGCCACAAUGGUGCAUACACAUAUACUAUUAUAAAGGGCAUUUAGGGUGUCACUGAUUGCUGACUGUUUUGGUGAAGUUUUUUAAUCGCUGUGCUAGCAAUAAGAAUCUUUUUUUUGUGUGUGAAAAAUAACAAAUACUAAUUAAAAGUCCACAUUAAUUUA